GUCAACCUCUCUUUCUCUGAAGUACCUUUAAAUAGACAAAGCUCCACUCGCCAGUAAUCAGCACAUGACACCAAGAAAGAUGAAGCCACAAAUCUUAUUACGGUCAUCACUCGCCUUGGCUUCAUUACUACUAUCUGUUCAUAGUGCCGCAGCAGAUAACGGCCACUCCUCCAGAAAACACCUUCAGUACACCUUGGAAAUCAGUCCUACUGCAUAAGUGAAGGUUGAUCAUGUGAAGGUCGAGAGGGUGAGGGUCGAUGAGGAAAUCGCCAUAGAGGACCCAGUCAGCGUAGCAAGGGCAGCAAAGGUGAAGGAUGCUAUGCUCCAUGCCUGGUCUUCUUAUGAGAAGUUUGCAUGGGGCUUUGAUGAGCUUCAGCCACAGACAAAGGAUGGGGUGGAUACGUUUGGUGGGUUGGGAGCAACAGUUGUUGAUGCUCUUGACACUUUGUUCAUUAUGGGCCUUAAUGAGCAGUUCCAAAGAGCUAGACAAUGGGUUGCUACCUCUCUGGAUUUCAACAAAGACUACGAUGCCAGCGUCUUCGAGACAACCAUAAGAAUUCUUGGUGGGCUUUUGAGUGCACACGAUCUCUCAGGGGACAAAAUGUUCCUGGAGAAAGCAACUGAACUCGCAGACAGGUUGCUGCCUGCUUGGAACACUCCCUCCGGAAUCAACUUGAACCGGGUUAACUUGGCAACAGGGCAAGCCCACAAUGCUAAUGGGAAGUACACUGUUCUGGCGGAAGUCGGGACGGAGCAGCUUGAAUUCAUUGCCCUGUCUCAGAGAACAAAUGAUACCAAGUACCAGCAGAAGGUGGAGAAUGUGAUCAAAAAGCUUCAGAAGAGUUUUCCUGUGGAUGGACUGGUUCCCAUCAACAUCGAUCCCAAAACUGGAAGGCCCUCACCCUCCAUCAUCACCUUUGGUGGCGGGGGUGACAGUUUUUAUGAGUAUUUGCUCAAGGCUUGGGUACAAGGGAACAAAACUGAAGCUGUAAACUUUUACAGGGAGAUGUGGGAGACUUCAAUAGUGAAGGGACUGCAAAGCUUGAUCCGAAGAACCACACCUUCCUCUUAUGCCUACAUAUGCGAGAAGGAUGGGAAUACUCUUAUUGAUACUAUGGAUGAACUAGCUUGCUUUGUACCUGGAAUGUUAGCUCUGGGAUCUCCUGGCUUUGCCCCUCGACAAGCUAAACGAAUAUUGUCCCUCGCAGAGGAGCUCGCAAGGACAUGUUACAAUUUCUAUCAGAUGACAAAAACCAAAUUGGCAGGGGAGAAUUAUGGAUUCAAUCCCGGGAAGGACAUAAGUCUCAAUACUCCAUAUAACAUCUUGAGGCCAGAGACAGUGGAGUCGCUCUUUUACUUGUGGCGUUUGACUGGGAACAACACGUAUCGAGAGUUUGCCUGGAACAUCUUCCAAGCAUUCGAGAAGCACUCUAAGUUGAAGACCGGAUAUGUCGGGCUCGAAGAUGUCAACACUGGUGAGCAAGACAAUCUGCAGCAGAGCUUCUUCCUAGCAGAGACCCUGAAGUAUCUUUACCUCUUAUUCUCACCUCCAUCAGUGAUUCCCCUAGAUCAGUGGGUAUUCAACACCGAAGCUCACCCUCUCAAGAUCGUGACCCGAACCACUGGUCCCAAUAAUUCAGGUUGAACUGGACAUUUGUCAUUCCCCAGGAAUCAUGGGAGGAAGCAGCACAAAGGUACGGGCCACAAACACAUUCAUCACUAGUAGUGUGAGAGCUCAUUUCGUCGCGCAUCAGUAAGAUAGUCGAGAGAGAAGCAGAAGUCGAUGUCCACAUUUAGUUGUUAAUUAUGCAUGCUAUACGCAUAUAUUAUUGGGAAAUGAAAUAAUAUGAUCUAAGAGGAUCGUUGGAUUCUACUGUAAAACUACACAAUAAUAUGAAUAACUUGGUAAAGCACAUUUGAAUCAUUGACGAUUAUUUACUAUAA